UUGGCGGCGGCGGUCGCGGCGGCGGAGGCGGCCCGGCGGCUGGGAUGGAGCAGAAGCGCGCCGGGCGCCGGAGUACAAGCAGCUGACGCAGCCGCGCGGCGCUCGCCUAGUUUCCCUUAGAGCCGGCCGGUCGCCCGGCUCCCAGCGCAGCCAGCGGACAGAGGAGGAGCUGCCCGCGCUCUGGGCGCCCGGUCAGUCCCGGCAAACUCUCCCGCUGCCCGCGCCGGGUUCGGCACCAAGCACCAGGGUACCAUGGUCUACAAGACUCUCUUCGCUCUCUGCAUCUUCACGGCAGGACUGAGGCUACAGAGCGCGUCUACAUCAGCCCUCUCGCCUGUUUCUCUUCCGGCAAAGAGCAGCCCACCAACGGCCUUCUGGACCAGCUCUCCGCAAAGCCCUCCCGCCUCCCCUACCGGUGCAACACCCAGCAACUCGGUCCUCCCAGAUACAGCAUCGGCCCGGACAUCUCCAUCCGCCAAGAACGUCUCCACAGAGCCCAGAGAAGAGGAACCCGCCAGCCCAGCCUCCAACUGGGAGGGCACAGACACAGAGGCCUCACCCACAAGCGGUGGGGUCCACUUAACACCCACGCUCGAGGAACACACUUCAGAUACUCCCGAGGCCAGGGUGCCAGCUACAGGGUCGCCGCCCCCCGUUGAGUCUCCCACACUCACCUCCCCUCAAGCGCCAGCCUCAUCACCUUCACCCCCAUCAACCUCACCACCAGCGGAGGUUCCCUCUUCCUCUGUGAGCACCAUCCAGAACUCCACUGAGGCCAGCACCAAGCCCACAGGAGCUCUAACCACAUCAGAGCCCCCAGCGGAGGAGCACAGCUCUGGCCACAUAGCCACUUCACAUGCCCCAGCCGAGCCAGUGCCCGCCGAGACCACGGCCCAAGCAACUGUGCCCCCCAGAGUGACCUGUAUGCUGAUAGACACGGAGACCACCACUGCCUCCACCGGGGUGAUCAUGCAGGAAGUAGAGCAUGCGCUAAGUUCAGGCAGCAUCGCCGCCAUUACGGUGACAGUCAUUGCUGUGGUGUUGCUGGUGUUUGGAGUUGCAGCCUAUCUAAAGAUCAGGCAUUCCUCCUACGGAAGGCUGUUGGAUGACCACGACUACGGGUCCUGGGGAAACUACAACAAUCCUCUGUACGACGACUCCUAACAAAGGAAGGUGGCCUGGGAUGAGGAAUAACUAACUGUCUUUAUUUAUCAGUGCUUAUCCAGUAGAAUUAAUAACAAGUACCUGAUGCGCAUUGAGCGACAAUCCUAAGCCCUGUUUUGUUGGUUUGGUUGUUUUGUUUUCCUCCCUGUCCUCUGGCUGCUACAACUUCCCCUUUCUGGUACCAAAAAAAAAAAAAAAAAAAAAAGAAAAAAGAAGAUUAUUUAAAAGUGAGUGGAGUCUGACAUGCACCUGACAUGGGCCAACCCUAAGCCGUCCAGGCCGGACGCCACGGUGGAGGUGUCUGUACCCAGCUCAGGUCCCACUGCAAGAAGAAACAGGAAGAGGGGUCGAGUUGUGUCAUCAACGGUUACUUUUAGGGGAACUUUCAGUGUGUGGUAUUUCUUAAACUUUUCUUUAGGAGAUUCCAUUAAGUCUCAAUGAGGGUAAAGGCAGUGAGUGCUGAGAGGAGUUCACCCUGCAGGGAAGGAAGCAGGGGUUUCUCAGAUUCCUUUUUAAUCUCAAUUUAUCUGGUUGUGUCUGACAGGACACCUGCUCGGCUCUGCUAGCUGGACGCCAGUUUCUUAGAUGCCUAAUUAAGGAAAGAGGAACCUAGAAGGUGCCCUGGGGGAGGGCAGCUGGCCGAGGGGCAGAAUAGCAGGCUGCUGUCAGAUCUCAGCCUGCCUGCUACCUUGCCUCCCCUCCAGGAUACCUGUCUCUGCUGAGGAUGCCUGUUCUAGUCGACUGCAGCUGGGACCCCAGCCCACAAGCUUUCAGCGGUUCCUCAGGAGGAGGCUGUGAGAUGAGUUUAGCUGUAGAAAAGAAAGGGAGAGGCGUGUGAAGUGAGAGUGCAAUGGGGCCGUGGAGGAGGCUGGGAGGGAAGGGGCGUGUAACAUACACCACGAACCUCAUUAGGGAAGGUAAGAUCAGCCCUCAAUAACCAUCAGAGACAUCCACUGCCUGGAGGAGCCUGUAGACUCCUUGCUUUCUACCCACAAAGCAACUGGUUCCCUGCCUUACUGUCUGUUGGAUAAAGGCCGUAAACUGAUUGUUGUUGUUGUUCUUGUUGCUUUUAUUUUUUUUAAAGGCACUAGUUUGUCUGCAGUUGCUCAGUGAGGCUUUUCCGUACAGACACGGUGAUUAAUCCGUUUAUUUUCCCCCAAACAUUUACCUUACUAAUUCUGCUGUUUGAUAAAUGGACACCCCUGGGUACCUAGUUUUAAAAUCCUGCACCCCGAAUUCUGAGACAGAGCUGAUCAUCUGUGGGCAUCCAUUUCCAGCAGUGCUUCUCAGCAGCAGGUCAUUUUGCUUCCCCUGCCCCAUCCAGGGAACGUUGGAAAAUACCUGGUGAUAUUUUCUGAGUGUCACAAUCUGGGGGUGCUACCGCUGGGUAGAGGCCAUGGAGGCACUGAACAUCCCACGAUGUACAGGACAGCCUACCCCAACUAACAGUUAUCUGGCCACACAGGCCAAGAGUGCCGAGCAUGAGAAACCCUAAUUUAUUGUGAUGCUCGUCGUUGCGACAAAACAAGACGCCCCAGGUUAGUGAUAGUUUUUACUUUUUACCUAAAUGAAAUGAUUCGUUCAAUUUUUAUCUUAAAAGUAUUUAGUUUGCUGGCGGAUGGGUUGUUUUUGCUAUGCAUGGUUGCCUUUUUAUUUCUGUGUGUUUUCUAUAUAGCUUUAUUUCAUGGCUCUAACCCUGUCCUCCUGAAACACCUGUGGAUUAGCAGCCGGCAUUUUAUGUCCCGAUUUCAUAGAGUAGAAAAUAUACAUUGGGUUCUGUUUCAGAAUGUGUCAUAGUGUCCUAUGCUAUCAUAAAGAACUUGAAACUGCAUCAUAUUUUAUUUCUAAACUUGGACCUGCUGCCAUGACUCUGUUUAGUUUCCAGAAACUUGACCCUCAACUCCUCCUGUGGCCCAGCAAAAGCACUGACAUGAAAACGGCCGCUGCCGUGCUGGGCUAAACUUCUCUGGUGGCAGAGACAUGAGGGCCGGUGACACUUUCCAUGAUGUGCCAAUCCCCCGCUCUGAAAGAAAUGAUUCCUAAACUCCUGAGGUACCAAAGAAGAAUGAGCAACCUCCAGAGGUAUUUUACAACAGGAGUGGGGAAUAAGAAGUAGGCUUCUAGGAAUUCUUACAUCUCUGAUUAUUUAAAAAAAAAAAGUGGACAUUCUCAGAAAAAUGGCCAGGAAUGACCAAGGGUACCCCUUCUGACCAUGCUUGGCCGCAAUAAUUAUCCCUCUUUCCUACCCUCACGCCCUUUAUAGGCUUUCGGUUCGGCAAAGGACAAUUCAGUAACGACAGGACAGUCCAUAUAUCCUUUUCCUCCCUCGGCCACAGACGUGUUGACAAAACGUCCAUGAAGCACCUUUGGAGAGGUGGUCUUCUGGGUGUUGCUUCAGUCAUAAAUACCGGGUGAGAGGGACCAGCCUCUUCCCAGGGAAUCCUGACUCAGCUAGCAUCUUUCCCUACCAAGGCUGCUGUUGUACAAGAACACUUGAUGGGUUGGUUGCUCUUAUUAACUGCCAGAUCCUUAGGGUAAAGAGAGGGAUCUGGACCUACAGCAGAUGCAUUCAGCAAGGUGACAGCUUCCCAUAAACACUCUGACACUCCUUGUUUAUGUUAGUGUAAAAUACCGACCGGGUGAACCUUAUUUUGCCAAGCGCAUUUUUCUAUUUUUGAGUUGGCCAAAAAUGUUAACAACUGCAUUCAACAAAUAUUGCUUAACACACUCACACUCACACACACACACACACACCCCUGAAAUAUACGCCAAUAACUGACGUCCUUUACCUCAGGGAGCGAGUCUGUUCAGGCCUGCUUAAGGGAAAUGGCUCCGGUGGAUCUAAAACAACCAUAUACUCUCCAGGGACCGGACUAGUCAUAAUGCAUUAGAGAGAAUGUCAGAGCAGGAGAGAGGCCAGCAGCCUCUUCUAGGUCACAGAUUGCAAAUGAUGACAGAGUGGGGUUCAAGUUCGUUUUCUUUUACCGUGGCCCCAAUGAAGUCUCCUGCCCUCCCUGGACGUCUGUGUCUUCAUUUCUUAGUCGGGCGUGAUGCUGUCCUAUGGACCUCACCCCAUGCUACCUCACAAAUGUGUUGUGAGGAUUAAUGAAAUCAUGUCUACAGUGUUUUCAAUUUCUGGAGAAAAAUAUUUAUAGACAUUUUAAGUAUUACAUAAAUGUAUAAGUGAUCUCAGUUUCUUGUUUGACUGAUGUGUUGUUUUUACUUAAAUCUAUGAAACGACAGCUGUAUAGUAACUACAUACAGACAGCUGUUACAACUCCAAGCUAACCCCCAAUGCCACUGCCUGACUCCUGGGACCAUGAAGGAUGGUUUCCAUCCCUGAAUGAAAGGAUGGCCCAGGACAUAGGUCUCACAGACUAUUGAGUUACGGUAACACAUACGGAUACCUGAACGCUAACAGCAGUAGACCUGGCCUUUACCAUCCCAAAGUUUUCUGAGUUCUUUGUGGAGUUGAUUUUGGUUUACUGUCAUCUGUUUGCCCUUUAUCUUGCUUGCAAGGGUGCAUGGUUCAAUCCCUCGCAUCUGGGAAAUGAAUUUUGCAACUGGGCCAGAUGCUAAUUUGCACGCUGAUUCACCUUCUUUGCCUUUUAUCUCUUUUUGGCAAAUGAAUGUACCAUUUCAACCUUGAUUUUUAAAGUGCUAGUUGAUAUUGGUAAUAGUGCUAACCAAGAGACCAAUGCCAGAUUGCUUUUUGGGGGUGAGUUAGCCAACAUCAUUUCAAGAUGGAAAAUUGCAACUUCUUUGAUAUUUGAUCUCAUUGUAUCUACAUUUGUUGUAAGACGUAUUGCAUACUAAUGAUAAUUAUAUCAAUUAAAGUUCUUAAAAGCUUGCACCUGACAGUGUUGAUUCACAUUUUGAUGUGUUUUGUCAUUCAAGCCAUUCGGUUCCUAUGCUCAGUACUGCUCAGAUUAAGUAGCCCUGGCUUAUUCUUAGAGAAAAUUUAUCCCACAUCAAUAAAUAAUACUUUCUGUAGAGUGGGAAGUUCUCUCUGAUCUUGAAACAGAAUUGAAGGAUGUCAGAAAUGAAGACACUUUCCAAGUAAUGAUUUUACUCUUAACCAUAUACCAUACCUUAUAAAAUAGUUAUAAAAAUAAACACUGAUUCAAUAAACAGGUAGUGAUCCAUGAUAAGUCACAUUAGGCAGUAGCAGUACAUUUGAUACUUGCUUUGUUCUCCUUCAAAAAAUUCGGCAUACCCAUCCAUCUGACAGUUAAAUAGCAAGCGAUUUCAAUCAUCCAGAAUAUAAUUUCCACCCCCAGAAGCCAACCAAAGACUAUUCUGAUUCUGAAGAAGGCAGCAAUAACAAAGCCCAUGUAUCUUGCAACAUAGGAGAGCAGUGGAUCCACCUGCAAACUAGAGCAAGUUGAUUUGAUGAUGGAUUUAAAAUUGAGGUCAGAUUUAAUAUGUUUAGGUACCUGGCUUCCAGUGGCACAGCAUGGAGGAUUGCUGGGGAGGACU